AUGAGCGGCGGACCAGAAGAUUUGAUACCGGGCUCACCAGGAGCCUUCCUUCAAGAUGAUCUGGCAAUCCAAGAACCAGAACCUCCGUUCCCUUUUGAGAUCGGUCCCAACGCUUUGGAAGGCUCUCCUUCAAGCUCCAACCUCGAUGAGACGCUGUUUGAUGACAAGAUGAAUACUGUUAACCCCGAGGCUGCUCUUCCGGAUGAGAUAACCGUGUUGAAAUCACGAGCUACAACCAAGGAAAGAGUGACCUUGCCCAAAGAAAUCCUGGAUCUCAGCAACAAAGCCCUCAGGGAGCAUAUCCAAGCCAACUCUAGAGAGCUGUACGGAGACAAAGCAAAAAGCGAACAAGUCGACGCCGUUGCUGCAUUAGUGCAUGACCAACAUACGUUUGUUCUGGUGGGUACUGGAUUUGGAAGAACCCGGAUUGCUGAGAUGUACCACAACCUGUUUCAACCCAAUCAGAAGUUGAUCGUUCUGGUCUUGAAUCCUUUAGAUUCACUGGGAGACAAUCAGAGCCCAGAGGCAUUGCUGAACAAUCCCAUCUUCCGUGACAUCUACUUUGAUACCACCUUCCAAAGUCGCCUGAGCCUAGUUGUUGUUGAUGAAGCACAUAUGGUCUAUGUAUGGGGCCUGGUUGCCAGUGGUGAAUUCAAGGGACUUAUUUUGCAUUCAAGACAUGGAGAACGCGGAGUCUUCCGUCCGGGGUAUGGUGAACUAGCUGCUAGACUGAUUGCAAAUAACGGCACUCCUCCGCUAAUGAUGUCAGCAACCUGCCGCCCAAUUGCAAUCCAAAAAAUUCUAGAAUCAUUCAAGCUUAACAUGGACAUGGUUGAGUUUGUUUGA